AUGGAUGACGAGAAGACCAGUGUGCCCGCCGCCGAUAAGAGCGAUCAUGAUGCCUUGGCCAGCUUGCAACGGAGAGAAGAAGGAGCCGAGCUUGAUGUCGAGGCUAACAGCGUGAGGACGGACCGAACUCAGCGCGACGGAGGCGAUCUGGAGAAUCAGGAUGGCAUGGGCCCUCAGCGCUCCAACACGACGGGAGGAUCUAUGUGGUCCUCUGAGCAGAUGUCCUUGCCCCAGGAGAUCCUCUUCGUCGCAACCGUCUGUUUGACCCAGUUCUGCAACCGUGCGUCUCCCAUGAACCAGCUGCAAUUCCUAAAGAAUCCUCCUUGUUGUCAUCUCCUCUUCCUGGAAAAGGCCUCAUUCUGCGCAAUGCUUUUCCUCCUCGAUACCGUAGGCGACAGCCUAGGAGUCACCAACCCGGCCCUUCUGAGCUGGCUGGUCGCAGGAUUCAGUCUCACCGCGGGCACGUUCCUGAUCUUCUCGGGACGGCUGGGCGACGCUUUCGGCUACAAGCUGAUGCUGAUGAUCGGCUUCUCUUGGUUCUCCCUGUGGUCUGUCGUCGCCGGCGUUGCCGUCUACUCUGGGUACACGCUCUUCGUCUUCGCCCGAGUCUUCCAAGGCAUCGGCUCCGCGAUCUGCAUUCCGAACGCGCUGGCGAUUCUCGGCGCGGCAUAUCCCCCUGGCCACCGCAAGGCCAUGGUCUUCGCCUUGUUCGGGGCGAGCGCGCCGGUCGGCGCGAUGACGGGUGGGAUAACGGGAACCGCGCUUGACUUACUCUGGUGGCCUUGGAACUUCCAUGCUCUGGCCAUCGUUCUCGCCUUGCUGACCGCCCUUACCUACUUCGUUGUCCCAUCGCCGCGCCCGCCCAGAUUGUCGGGAAAGGUCUCCUUGCGUCGCCUGAAUAAUGAGCUGGACCUGGUUGGGGCCUUAGCUGGAGUCUCGGCCCUGAUACUAUUCAACUUCGCAUGGAACCAAGCACCAAUUGUCGGUUGGAAGUCGGCACAGGUCACCGUAACCCUUGUUGCAGGUGUAGUGGUGUUCUUCACAUUCACAUGGACCGAGUAUCGCUACGCCGUCAACCCUCUCCUACCCCUCGACGCUUUCAACGCCGAUGCGGGAUUCGUCCUCAGUGCACUCGCCUGCGGAUGGGCCAUGUUCGGCGUGUUCUCCCUUUACGCUGUUCUGGUCUUUGAGAACAUACGAGGUUUAUCUCCACUGCACACCGCAUUCUGGAUGAUGCCAGUCCUCGUCACCGGCCUCAUUGCGUCUGUGCUCACGGGCUUUCUGCUUGGGCCAGCAAAGUUCACACCACCUGCGGUGAUGACCAUUGCCUUGAUAGCGUUCACGACGGGGCUUACCAUCUUGGCGACAGCACCAGUGGACCAGAUCUACUGGGCACAGACAUUUGUGUCGAUUGUGAUUAUUCCAUUCGGUAUGGAUAUGAGCUUCCCGGCGGCUACCCUUAUCCUCUCCAACGCGGUCAAGAAAGAACAUCAAGGGAUCGCAGCAAGCCUGGUAGCAACGGUCGUCAACUAUAGUAUCUCUCUGGGUGUUGGAUUUGCUGGGACAGUGGAAGUUCAUAUCAACAACGGUGGAAAGACAAAGGCAGAUCUGCUGAAGGGCUACAAGGGCGCAUUAUACCUUGGAGUUGGGCUCGCUGGCCUUGGUUUGGUUAUAUGCCUCGUGUUCCUGGCUAGAGAUAAGUGGAGAAACUCGCAAAAGGCCAGGGGCGACAAGGCAACGCCUUCAGCCUCGCCUGGGCCUGAAGCACAAGCCUUUGCUUAG